AAUGUAACUUCGUGGAUGCCAACUGCCGUCAAACCUCAAACAAGAAGAAGAAGAAGAACUGACAACAUUUUUGUUCAACACUACAAAGUCGACUAUGGCUUUAGAUGCAUGGUAUAUCGACGACUCUGAUGAAGAUCAGCGAAUGCCUCAUAAACUAAAUCCAAACCAGCCCGUGUCUUUGGAAGACUUACAAAAGCUUGGCAUUUUCCACUUUAAGUUAAAUGCUGAUAUUUAUGAAACAGAUCCUGAACUGGAGAAAAUUAGAAAAGACCAUGGCUUCUCAUAUUCAGAUAUCAUAACCAUCGCCAAGGAUACACUACCCAACUAUGAGGAAAAGUUGAAGAUGUUCUUUGAGGAACAUCUCCAUUUAGAUGAUGAGAUCCGCUACAUCUUGGACGGCAGAGCUUAUUUUGACGUGAGGGACAAGGAAGAUCGCUGGAUCAGGAUCUCUAUGGUCAAGGGAGACCUGAUUACUCUACCUGCUGGGAUCUACCACAGAUUUACUAUGGAUGAGACGAACUACACUAAAGCCAUGAGGCUCUUUGUGGGGGAACCAGUGUGGAAGGCUUAUAACCGACCAGCUGACCACACAGACAUUCGUCAGCAGUAUUUGAGCUCUCUCGGAUGUGCCUAGGACGCAAUAGCACUGACCAAUGGAUAGACUCAGGGCUGGUCCGACCCAAUAAACAAAUUAAAUAUUUGUUUAAAAGAAUGCCAAUCAAAGGGCCCCCUACACUAAUUUUGUUUAGGGCCCCUAAAGCCCCAGGGCUGGCCGUGGAUAGACUAGGGCCUACUGCACAGAUAUACACAUUAGAAUACUGUGUCACCAAUCCUUUUAGCAAUUGUUUGGGUGUAUAAAAUAGAGUUAUCAAUGAUAUCUACUGGCGCUUGCAAAAGAACUCUGGAGUAUAACCCAUCAUUGUUAUUUUGUUAUUUUCAAUAAAUAGCCAUCACACUUGAA